AUGCUUCCCCAGAACCAUAGCUCCGUAUGGGUCUGUCCACGCUUCUUCGGUUGGCCAUCCGACCGCACACUCGUGCUUCUCUAUGCCAUACUUUUGCUCAUUCUCCCGGCCAGGGUCGCUGGCCUAGCCUUGAGCGUCAUUUCGCAGGCUAUGCCUGGUCUGGAUUCUCGAACCGCUCUGCUGCCCGUUGUAGCCUUCGAAUGUCCAACCCUACCUGGCAAGGACACUGUAUCUUGGAUCCCCGGGAGACUCUAUCUGCUCCACCAUCGAUGCACGCGUGUUCUUCGUGGGUGGAUGAAAGUGGCCCGCCGGUCGCACACUCAAAGCAUGGCUUUCACCUCUCUCAGCGUCAGAUAUUCCCCUUCAAUUCCGCGGCUUUACGUGUCCAAUGAGAUGUCUUCUCAAUGCGAUUUUUCCGAAGAGGCGCAUGUUCUCAGGGCCUUCGACCGUGCAAUAGCCCCAGCAUCGGCACUAUUGUGUCCAAUUUCGCGUCGAUUUCGGACUCUCUGCAUCUAUUCUGGAGGGGGUUUGUAA